AUGGCGAGGCCUUACAAACCUAAGAAUAUCCUCAUUACAGGAGCUGCUGGCUUUAUCGCAUCCCAUGUCGCGAUCCGUGUUACCAAGAAGUACCCCGAUUACAAGAUCGUCGUCCUUGACAAACUUGACUACUGCUCUAAUCUGAAAAACCUGCUCCCUGUGAGCUCAUCACCAAACUUCAAGUUUGUCAAGGGUGAUAUUGCAAGCGCUGAUCUUGUCAACUUCCUUCUUGUCACAGAGAACAUUGACACCAUAAUGCACUUCGCAGCCCAGACACAUGUCGACAAUUCAUUUGGGAAUUCUUUCGAAUUUACCAAGAACAAUAUUUAUGGUACACAUGUUCUUCUUGAGGCCUGCAGGAUUACUGGCCAGAUCAAGAGGUUCAUCCACGUCAGCACUGAUGAGGUCUAUGGGGAGACUGAUGAGGAUGCAGUUGUUGGGAACCAUGAAGCAUCACAGCUGCUUCCUACAAACCCAUAUGCAGCCACCAAAGCGGGAGCAGAGAUGCUUGUCAUGGCAUAUGGGAGAUCCUAUGGACUGCCGGUUAUCACCACUCGAGGAAACAAUGUCUAUGGCCCAAAUCAGUUUCCUGAGAAGCUUAUCCCAAAGUUCAUUCUCUUGGCAAUGAGAGGGGAGCCCCUCCCUAUCCAUGGUGAUGGAGGCAAUGUCCGUAGCUACAUCUAUUGUGAGGAUGUUGCAGAGGCAUUUGAGGUCAUUCUUCAUCAUGGAGAAGUUGGACAUGUUUAUAAUAUUGGAACAAAGAGAGAGAGGACAGUAAUUGAUGUAGCAAAAGAUGUUUGUAAGCUUUUCAAUCUUGAAGCUGACAAAGUCAUCAUGUUUGUCGAGAACAGACCUUUCAAUGACCAGAGGUAUUUCUUGGACGAUGAGAAGCUCAAGAGCCUUGGAUGGGCUGAGCGCACCCAAUGGGAGGAAGGCUUAAAAAAGACAAUGGAAUGGUAUGUAGCAAAUUCUGAUUAUUGGGGUGAUGUUUCUGGGGCCUUACUGCCUCAUCCGAGGACACUGAUGAUGCCAGGGUACGAGGGCUCUGAGGAGAUUAAAGGAAUUCUCAGUCAGUUUAAUAACAUUCAAACAAAGGUCACUUCAACAUCAGAUAAUGCUCUAGAAACGCAUGCCUUCAAGUUCCUGAUAUAUGGCAGGACAGGAUGGAUCGGUGGACUUCUUGGAAAAAUAUGUGAGAAGAAAGGAAUUCCAUAUGAGUAUGGAAAAGGCCGCUUGCAAGAACGUUCUUCACUCAUCCUGGAUAUCCAAACUAUUAAGCCAACACAUGUCUUCAAUGCCGCUGGUGUUACUGGAAGGCCCAAUGUUGACUGGUGUGAGUCACACAAGCCAGACACCAUUCGUACCAAUGUUGUGGGCACCUUAAAUCUAGCAGACAUAUGUAGGGAGCAUGGCUUAUUGAUGAUGAACUAUGCCACUGGGUGCAUAUUUGAGUAUGAUGCACAUCAUCCCGAAGGGUCAGGUAUCGGCUUCAAAGAGGAAGAUACACCAAAUUUUAAAGGUUCAUUCUACUCGAAGACGAAGGCAAUGGUCGAGGAGCUAUUGAGGGAGUAUGAGAACGUCUGCACUCUGCGAGUUCGAAUGCCAAUAUCCUCUGACCUCAGCAACCCCCGAAACUUUGUGACAAAGAUCAGCCGUUACAACAAGGUGGUGAACAUCCCCAACAGCAUGACGAUGUUGGACGAGCUCCUGCCUAUCUCAGUGGAGAUGGCAAAGAGGAACCUGCGGGGCAUCUAUAACUUCACCAACCCCGGCGUUGUCAGCCACAACGAGAUCCUAGAGAUGCACAAGCAGUACAUCGACCCUAGCUUCAAGUGGACAAACUUCACCCUUGAGGAGCAGGCCAAGGUUAUUGUCGCGCCACGAAGCAACAAUGAGAUGGAUGCAACCAAGCUGAAGAAGGAGUUCCCCGAGCUGCUAUCGAUCAAAGACUCGUUGAUCAAGUAUGUCUUUGAGCCCAAUAGGAAGGUGCCUAGAAACUGA